GUCGAGUCAUUGCUAACCAGUCACCAAAAACAGUUAAGCAGUGCUGUCAUACCACUUCGGGUGUCAAGAGAAACUAUAUUAGAGAAUCUUAUAGGUUAUUAUUCUGAAGAAGAUCUGGCAACGUCUCGCAUUACUGUGAAGUUUAUUGGCGAGGAAAGCAUGGACUGUGGUGGUGUCACUAACGAUAUGUUUACAACAUUUUGGUACCAAGCUCAAGAGGAAUUCUUCAUUGGUUACGAGGCAGUGGUGCCGUAUCUCCCCCCUCAACGAUUCACAGACGAUUCAAAGUAUCAAGUUCUUGGCAGGAUACUAUCCCAUUCCAUUGCUGUUAUGAAAGAAUUUCCGAUACAUAUGUGUAAAAGCACGAUUAUUGCAAUGAUCUAUGAAACAACGGAUGUUUCGGCUGAGAAUCUAUUUGAAGAUUUCCUGUACUUUCUGGACAGCCAUGAUCGUAAUUUGGUUACCACGGCAAUAAACAAUUACGGUAGUUUAACUUCUGAUCAAGCAGACGAACUUAUGACCAUAUUUGAGAGAAUACGAAUAUGCAAUUAA